UAUCUGUUUAAUCACAUAAGUAUUUCCGCAAUUAUCAAAGUCCUCUUCCUUUGCCUCUCGGUCAUGAACACAUCAUUGAGAAGGUGCGGAAAGCUUUAAAGGCGCAGACUCGGAUAAAAGAAAAUUAAAGAGUGAAUUGAAGGGUUGGGCUUUCCAACUUGAGAGUCUGUUUUACUUCACGAUGCAACGUCUCCUCAAGUGCAAGAAAAAUUGUGUGGAGCAUAACUCUGACUUUAAAGAAACAAGUGUCUUUUUUUACUUCCCAAAAAGACAGAGGUUGGAAAGGCGAGGAUUUAGAGAGCUAAGCCCCCCCACGUCCACCUCAGGAAACUCCGGGCCCUCUGCUCUUCCUCUGUGGUGACGGCACUUAAUCACACUCGCGGCAGAGUAAUGCUCCUCCUCCUCCUCCUCCUCCUCCUCCUCCUCCUGAUCCUCCUCCUACGAUCUUCUCCCCUCUGUCAGAGUGAUGUAGGGUCACGAGAAUGGGGAAACACCUUCCAAGGAGAAAACACACAUGAACACAUGCACUUUGACAACAGACACACAUACACACACAGAGCUCCUUGCUGAGUGCUGAGUGGUGAGAGAACGGCACAUGCUGCAGGAGAUAAACUUGGAUAGCAACAUUUCUUCAAACUGAAGUCUUCCUCUGGCUUGAGGGAGAAAGAAAUGGACCAGCAGUCCUCAACUCCUGAACACUGAGCCGCCGGAGUGAAAGCAGAACUGUGAUACAGCGGGAAGAUUUCUCCAUCACCUGAUUUAUGGAAGUUUAACAUGGGAUGAGCUCCUGACGUCAUCGUCAUCAGUGCCUCUCUAAAGGAACUUCCUGUUUAUGGCCAGCUGUGCCCUAUAUCCUGACUGAGAGCCCGACCAGAUCCUGGCCUCCAAACCCUGACCCCUAACCCUGGGGGGGCGGGGGGGUCGACGGGGAGAAAAUGCGGUGCACCACCCUCUUGGCCCUGCUCACGGGGGUCGUGCUGUACCUGGUGAUGGGAGCGCUUGUUUUCCGCACCCUGGAGGCCUCCAACGAGGAUUUGGCGUACAAACAGCUGCUCACUACCAAGGACACUUUCCUCAAGAACAAGACCUGUGUCAAUGAGCGCGAAUUCUACAAGCUGGUGAAGGGGGUGGUGUCUGCAAUGGAUGCAGGCCUGGAUGUGAGCAACCUUCCUGCCAACUUCACCAGCCGCUGGGACCUGGUUUCCGCCUUCUUCUUCUGUGGUACCAUCAUUACCACCAUAGGUUUUGGGAACCUUUCUCCUCGGACGUGGUACGGCCAGUUGUUCUGUGUGUGCUACGCUCUGGUGGGCAUUCCCAUGUUUGGCAUACUGCUUGCUGGGGUGGGCGACCACAUGGGCACAGUGCUGCGGAGAGCUGUGGCCAAAAUUGAGACCCUCUUCCUGGUGAGAAUGAAACGCAAGGUCAGACCAACAACUGUGCGUGUGAUCUCAGCGGUUCUCUCCAUCCUGAUUGGUUGUCUGAUCUUCCUCGCCGUGCCGACAGUCGUGUUCUGGAAAGUGGAGAGCUGGUCGUUCCUGGAGUCGCUCUACUUUGUGGUCAUCACUCUCACCACUGUUGGCUUCGGAGACUACGUACCAGGCGGCGGUCGUGAGAGCAUGCUCUUCAAGCUGCUGGUGUUGUUGUGGAUAGUGUUUGGUCUCGCCUACUUUGCCUCCAUUCUCACCAUGAUAGGCAACUGGCUGAGGGUGUUGUCCAAGAGGACCCGCGCUGAGAUGGAGGAGUUGAGGGCCCACGCCACAGACUGGACCCAGAACAUCCAGAACAUGUCCAUGGACUUCCGCAUCCCGAACCCUCUGGAGUUCAACGACCCAUUCCUCCUGCAGCGCCGGCGCUGGAAACGCAGCGAGCGUCGCCGCAUCCGUCGGGGAGCCACGGGCACUCUGGGACACUGGGUUCGAGGGGGAUCUGAGAACGGACACCUGCCGAACCGCUGGGCCGGGCUCUCCAGCUCCAUGAGCCAGCUGGAGGCCCAUUCUUCUCUUGAGAGGGCGGUGGUGGCCAAGUCCAGGCCACGGGUCAGUGUUCCCGGAGUCACGACAGUCCCCAGAGUGGGGCCUAGAUUGAGGGUGGACCCUGCUGUGGCUCUGCAGGUGGAGGGCAAGUCAUUUCAUCACCUGCUGGCCCGCUCGUUGUCCCUCCCUGUGGCCCGCUCCGCCUCAGAGCUAGACUCAGCAGCUGCUGCCUUGGAGGGAGAAUACAUCUCUGGGUCUGAGUCUCCCUUCGACUCCGGAUCAGACGCCUCCUCGGUCUCUUCUUCUGGCUUGGCUCUCCGCAGGUUCCAGCCCUGUCGUACAGUCAGCAGCAUGGAGGAGGGAGGAGCUGCAGGCAUGAACACAGCGCAGGAGAAAAACAAUCCGAUUCCAGCAGAGAAAUAUGAACCUGCAGCAAACACUAGCUACAAUUGCCCACGUGCCCCUAGUCUGCUGCCUCCCUCCCCUUUUAUUUCUUCUUCCCGCCACCCAGUUCUCCUCCCCUCUGUUCCCCUCAACAUCGCGUCCGCAAACAGCUGCCAGCUGCUGGAUUUCUUUGGAGAGAACCUGGCGUACAUCGACGAGUCCUCAGACACUCUGAGCGACCGCGGUCAGCCAAAAGACAGCAUGGAGAGGAGGAGACGACCGCGGAAACCCAAGAGAAAGAGCAUGAGGAGGCAGCUGUCGCACAAGUGGAGCCCCCUGCAAGUGAGGAGGCUCAGCAGUGAGAUGCAGCCGCCUUCGAACCCGCCCACACCGCCUCCGGACUCAUCGGAGAACCAGAAAGUUCCGACGCUCUGACAGCCACAAAGUCAACAUGUGACAGAACAUGUUCACACCAAAGCUGCUGGUUUACAGCAGACUGACACUUCUGCCGCUCAGAACAUAAACUGUUUAUAACACAUGCAGCUCUCACUAUCAUGAAUGUAGGUGAUGUUUCAGGAUAACUUCUAAAAUUUAUGCUUCAGCCUCACAGAGUCAUUUUGCUUGUGAUCUGUCAGUCUGGGUCCGGAUUCACAACCCUCUCAUAGAGCUCCUAACUCAGCGGAAACAUUUCUAACAAGGAGUCUUUUUGCUUCGGAGCGCUUUAAGAAACUUCUAACCAACAAAGAGACAAUCUUCCUCACUAUCUUGGUGAAGAGGCGGGGCUGACCUUUUGAAAGCUGUGGUUUAUUGAUGAUAAAAGUAAAAAAGCACUGAGCACUCUUGGAGAUGAUAGACAGGCCUAAUAAUAGAAUUAAGACAUGGUGUAAUUAUGAAUAUGUUUCUAUCUAAUAAACAUCUGUUGAAUACACUUUAAGCCCGACCUUAAAAGAAACCUACAAAAUGUUAGAAAGCACAGGCCUGUGUGCACAGUAAGCUACUCACAGGCAGAUAGUUGCUGGGUUUGUUUGCUUAGAAUUAUUUACCGUGCUGAUAAUUUUAGUACAAACCAAUAGGCUGGUGUAGAGAACAUAACACAGCAGAUAAGCCUCUUAUUCCCUCCGGUUGUGUUGCAAUAUGAAGACGUCGACACAACAGGCCGUCGGUCAUCGUCGGGGCCGUUAAGGGGAAACUAUUAGAAGGCAUCAUCACUUGACCAUGUUUGCUAUCAGAUGAAAAGUCAGGGAGUCAUACAGGUCUGUCCCAACACCUACACUGUGGUAAUAAGUGCACAAUCCCAAUCAAAUCUCAAUCAAAACAAAAGAUAAAAGUAGGUGGGAUCACAGGAGUUGUGUUGAACAGUCACCACACUCGGUCUUAGGCAGAAAUGUUCAUGGACGAGAUAAUGUUGUAAAGUUUUAUUCCCGUUAUGUUUGGCUACAUCUGCCGACUUUCUUCCCGUCUCUCUGACAUGUCAUUGUAAGUUUACUUCAAACUUCUAUGAGGCGACCAACUGAACACAGCGAUACCUUGACUAAAAGUAACAUCUUUUUUCCGGGUUUGAACAUCAUUAAAAUGUAACGUAAACGUAACAUGUCACACAAUCAGACAUUUGCAUUCUGGCAAAUACCACAAGUGUGGAUAUUGAGACGGAGCUUUCAGUUCGUUCUAAAGGGAGACGUGAAGCAAACAGCUGUUGAGAUAUUUCAGUCGGGACUGAACUGAGUCACAUUCGUUCCCGGGUUGCAACUACAAAUUUCUCAACAAAUGUUUUUGAAAUAAAUCUGAAGACAAAUGAGGGAGACAGGCUGAGUCACAUCAUUAUCCAUCAUUAUGGGUAAUUAUCCACUCUGUUGAUCUGUCCUUCUGCCGUCGAGCUCAAUCAGGGCUCGGCAAACUAAUCAACACUAAAUCUCAGAUUUAAGUGGCUUCGUGAGGCAACUGACUAAAAUUCAGUGCAGUGAUUUAUAGCUGAGGCGGACCACCUCGCUUGAAACAAGAAAAAGCGCUUUUACAACAUUAAAAGGGAAAAAGAACCGCAGGGGAGGUAUUUUACAAAGCAAACGUCAUAGAUUUAAGAUGUGUCACUUGUUUAGGAUAUCAUAAACUAACAAAACACAGGACGUGAUGCGUCUGUCUGCAUCUGGGUGGCAUACCACCUCUGCUAAAUAAAACCCCGGGGAAAAUCCAGCAGUGGGUGGAGAACCUGAACCACAACAGCAGUACAAUAGUGUGAAAGCACGGCAGGGCCAUCAUUCACGCUCUGAUAAGCGUCUGUCCUCUGUGUAAUGCAGUCACACAAGUCCCGACUUUUGAAAAAACUUUGUGACCUUUCCUUCUAAAGGUGACGUGACCUGCUGGUUCAUAAAACAGCUCAAAAAUGUUCCGAAGGGUUAAAAAGUAUAAAGUCAGACUGAGUUAGUGUCCACUGCUGCAUGUUAAACCUCCUGACACCAUGAUAAGCAUCUUUGUGUGCUCGCCUUGGAUUUGAGUGGUCAGCGGGCUAUUAAAGCAACAUUAAGGUUAUUUUUAAGUCUGUGGUGUUUACCAACUAUACUAUCAAGUGGCCUAAAGUCGCCGUUGGCAAGAUUCUGCUUGUGGCCACUUUCCCUCUUGGCUGAUGCUGUUUGUUAGCGUUUUAUUAUUUUUAAAGACUCCACCCCUCUGCCACAUACAUAAACCGUGCAGGUUUGCCCACUUGUGAAUGUAAACACCUUUUCAUGUACUGUAUGGUUUGUCCUCGGGUGAACCCUUCUAGAGGCCUCGCUAUGUCUUAAAGGGACACAAGAGCGUGAUGACUGUAAGACACGCUGAUAAUCGACGAGGCUUCGGAUGUCUUUGUGAUUUUCUUUGCCGUCUGGAGACUUUGAACACCAUUAAUGGAGAAAUUUUUUUUUUUUAUGAGUGAGUCCUAACCUUUCCACUGAUGAACAGGUGGUGGUAAUGUGUCAAGAAACACACUGAUGUGCCUAUAAGAGCAGUGAAAUUCGUCUUUGAGGACAACAUCUUUGUUCGACCUCCAGGACACAAUGUGUUUUUGUAAUAUUGUAUGUAAACAGAAACUUUUGUCUACAAGAAUACACCAAAGAACUCUUUUUAAAGGAGACAUAUUAUGCUCAAUUUCAGAUUUGUAAUGUUAUUUUGGGUUAGUGCUAGACUAAGUUUACAUGCUUGUCUCGCACUGUGCUGCAGCUCUGUAUUCCCUCUCUGUUUGAGCUCCUGUCUCUUUAAGGCCCCUCACUCCAAAAUACCCAGUGUCUUCUGAUUGGUCAGCUCACACACGCCUGAGCCAGCACCGCUCACAACAACAUAGCAGGUGGGGUAAAUCAAUUCGUACGUGCUAAAACUACCUGUGAGGCAUAAUUUAAAUAAACAAAUGUGUGACACGGUGCAGGACCACUGACGAGGCGUUUCAGGAUCAGUGUUUUCUGUGGGAGAGAGGAGCUUCUGUUGAUCUGCAUCAUUUACAUGCACAGGAAACUCAAAAUGUAAAACACUGCAUAAGCAUACUAGGUCUCCUUGACAUCAAACGCCUGUAGUGCCUGUUAAGUGAUGCUGAGUGAUAUAAAACUGAACCUGUGUCCGGAUUUCAUACGAUUUACUCUACAGCUGCAAUGAUUCUUUAAUGAAUAAAUCAGCAGUUAUUUGAUAUCACUUAA